GACUGCGGACACAGUACAGGGGAUGACCAGAGACUGCGGACACAGUACAGGGGAUGACCAGAGACUGCGGACACAGUACAGGGGAUGACCAGAGACUGCGGACACAGUACAGGGGAUGACCAGAGACUGCGGACACAGUACAGGGGAUGACCAGAGACUGCGGACACAGUACAGGGGAUGACCAGAGACUGCGGACACAGUACAGGGGAUGACCAGAGACUGCGGACACAGGGGAUGACAGGGGGGAUGACCAGAGACUGCGGACACAGUACAGGGGAUGACCAGAGACUGCGGACACAGUACAGGGAUGACCAGAGACUGCGGACACAUACAGGGAUGACCAGAGACUGCGGACACAGUACAGGGGAUGACCAGAGACUGCGGACACAGUACAGGGGAUGACCAGAGACUGUGGACAUAGUACAGAUGACCAGAGACUGCAGACAGUUCAGGGGAUGACCAGAGACUGAAGACAGUAAAGGAGAUUACCAGAGACUGCGGA